GGAGAGGAGCAGCGCAUUAUCGUUCACCGGCCCGUUUGUUUACUCCAAGAACCCAGCGGCUCGUCAAAGCAAAGUCUCCGGUGACAUCCAUCGAUCCGUCGAGUUCGAGUCCAGCAUGGCGGCCGUGGCGACAGCGAUCGUGUGCGAGGCGGCGCCGCAGAGGGUGGCGCCCCCGUCGCAGCAGCAGCAGCAGCAGCAGAAGCAGACGAGGCGGGACAAGAUCCUGCUCCAGCCCCGCCUGUCCACGCUCCGGUCGUACGGCGCCGACGGCAGCGGCGCGGUGACGCGGAAGCGGCUGCCCGGGGAGGCCCUGGAGGAGGGCGGCGUCGGGGGCGCGCCGCCGUUCUUCGCGUCGCUCGCCGACUACAUCGAGAGCUCCCGCAAGAGCCAGGACUUCGAGACCAUCUCCGGCCGCCUCGCCAUGGUGGCGUUCGCGGCGGCGGUGGCGGUGGAGGCGACGACGGGGGACUCGCUGUUCAAGAAGCUGGACACGGUGCAGAUCGAGGAGGCGACGGGGCUGUGCCUGGCCGUGGUGGCCUCGGCGGCCACGUUCGCGUGGGUGUCCAGCGCGCGCGGCCGGAUCGGGCAGAUGCUCACCCUCGGCUGCAACUCCUUCGUGGACGGGCUCAUCGACAACGUCGUGGACGUGCUCUUCUCCGACGACCAGAUGCAGGACUGGUCCGACGACGUCUGAGCACGCACAGACGCAGAUGCACCACGUACACUUGUAGAUACGAUACGAUACGGCUACUAGACGCAGACGCUACGUGCGCAUGAUGAUAGUAUAGAACUAAUACUAGAGCAUUUCCAAGUUGCAUCGCUGCUGCAACUGCAAGUGGUUCCUUGUCUCUUCAGAGAUGGAUGCCAUGGCUAUGGUACAGACUACAGAUCUCUGUUCAUCCGGAGUCUCUUUUUGCCUUUGAGGGUUUUCUGUGAUUGCAGCGUUGUAAUCUGCAUAGUAUGAUGGAGUACUACUACCUUAAGUUUUAACUCUACCCUAGUACCUAGAGCUACUGAUACUGUAAAACUAGAAUCAUGUACUCUCUCUGCCUUCUUGGGAGCAUGUUAAAUGUAUAAGAAAUCAUCUACUAGUAUUAUUA